AUGGUUGCGAGAAAGCUUCCACUAAUGGCGGUGAGAAACCUUCCACCCGAACUAGAAGAGGAGAUACUCGUUCGAGUUCCACCUCGAUCUCUCGUUCGCUUCAGAUCAGUUUGCAAAGGAUGGAACACUCUUUUUAACGAUAAGAGAUUCGUCGACAGAAACUUUGCUUGCGCUCGCCCAGAAAUCUUGUUAAAGACACUUUCCCAUCUUUAUCCGAUAAGCGUCGAUCUCAACAAGGACGAUCCGACUAUAAAAAUUAGUGAUUUAUGUUUUGAUUUACGCGGUCGCCGUUAUGAUCUCGAGGGGACCUGCGAUGGUUACUUGUUGUUGUCCGACUCUGAUAAUGGAGCCCUGGUUCGAAACCCGUUGUUUAAUCAGACUGAAUGGAUUGACCCGGAUAAGUGUCCUCCAUAUAGCAGCAGGCAGAGCAUGGGUUACGAUGGUAGUAACACCAAAAAGAGUUACAAGAUUAUUGGAAGUUACGAGUAUAUUAAGACUAGGACUCAGAAGUUUGAUGAAGUUAUUACGAAAUUUGCAGUCUUCAAAUUUGCAACCAAUGCAUGGGACGUUACUUAUCAUACAAGUCAACGUUAUCGCGAAGAAGAGAAAAUAGUAGAUGAAUGUAAUUGCACGGUCUCCCUGAAUGGAAAUUUGUACUGGACAGCUUAUACUAGUAAAAGUUAUUUCAUCCGAAUGUUCGAUUUUUCGAAAGAGGUAGUACAGACCUUUUGUAUUCUACCGUUUAAGGGGACACAUAGUAAUUCACAUACUCGUGGCCUCGCGAUUUACAAGGGAGAUCGGCUUUCUGUGUUACAACAAUGCAUAGGAGGAAGAGAGGUUAAGAUUUGGGUGACAGAUAAGAAAAUUGGCAAUGGGGAUGAUGUGGUGUGGAUUAAUUUCAUGACUAUCUCAAUACCUAAGUUUCCCAUGGUUUGCAACAACAUUUCUUCAAGUUACUUCGUCGAUAAUAAUGUCUAUGGAAAGACCUUCUUUACGUGUUUUCUUCCCCAGAAACCUAAACAAGCUUGGGUCUAUAUUGUGAGGGGAGAUCUGUGCAAAAAAAUUAAGAUAGAUGAAGUGGCAUAUAUGCAGUUAAAAUCCUGUGUCUAUGUUCCUAGUUUAAUCACCAUUUCUAGAGAGGCUUUGGCUGAGGGUACUGAACCAAAAAGAAAUGUUUUUAAUGUUUGA